AAUCCCUCCCACCCUCAUUUCAUUACAUAACCUCUCUCCUUUUCUCUUCUUUCUCCAACAUUUUUGGUACACAUAUAUUUUUCCUACAAAAAUAAAAAAGACCAUAUUAUAUACAAAAAAUAUGGCAACUUUAUUCAAGAAAAACAAUAGUUUUAAUAACUAUGGUUACACUAUGAUGGAAAAAGAAGAUCCACAAGAUAAAAAACAAAGAGAGGCUCAAUUUUUGAUUUACAAGACGUUGAAGCAAGCGGAUCAAAUUAUAGUAAGAAGAUCAUCAAGGCCUUCUUGGUUAAAGUUGAGAAUAUGCAAAUUAAAGGUGAGAAUUGGUAAGAGACUUUUGAGGUUAAGGAAAACUAUGUUGUCUAACAUUGUUAAGACUAAGAUGGGUGUUUACAAACAAGUUAUGGUUCAACUUAAGAACUUCAAGCGUUUGUUUAAUGUUGCCGGGUGCCGAGAAGGCGGUGUUGCAAUCGGCCGUCUUCCUCAACCUUUGUUCACUUGAUCAUUCAGUAAUAUUAGACCAAUUUGCAUUGGUCUUUUCUCUUUUUGUUCAAAAGCUUAUGGUAAAUGUCAAGUGAAUGCAAGCUUUCCUUUUUUUCUUUUCUUUUUUUUUUUUUUUUUGGGUUUUUCUCUUUAUUGAAGAGAAAAAUUAUAUGGAAAAUCCAAGUACUCCCUAUAUAUAAAGUCUAUAAUUAUAUUUUA